GUCCGAGAAAGACUCGAUCAAACGGCUCGGUAGUGUUACCUUGCACGAGUCAUGGGCCCAAGGCAUUUGCGCGGCGCCUGCAAAUCUGUGCCAACUCGCCGGUGACAGCCAAACCACCAUUCGUUCGUCUCAAGCUCAAGAUGAAAACGAUGAUGCCCAUAGGGUUCGUCUGGAACACCCAGGAUAUCUACGCCGAAGUGGCCAGCUACCCGGUGGUUCCACCCGAGAAGAUCAAGGAGUACUGGACUGCCUACACUACUACGUUCCGAAGGCUUUCUGACCCUCGCGCUUUCCGCCUGGAGAACUUCUGGUUCCAUGUGUGGGCCAGCGAAAGACUAAGGAACCUGAGCGGUGCCAGGCUCGCCAAGCUCUUCGAGGAGUUCUCGAAUGGCCCGAUGCUCGUGCCACUUCCCUCGCAUGUUAGUGGAAGAUACGAUGGCACAAAGACGUCUGGUCCGGAUCAGCGCAGGGUCGGUGGACAGAGCUCCGCCGCUCAACGGCAUCGCGAUCGCCCAGGCCAAGGCUCUGCGUCUGAGAUCAGAAAGGCGCCAACUCCCUCGUCUUCGAGACCACCCCCAUCCCACCCCAUUCUGAAAAAGACGAGGGGCCCGUCUGUGUCGGGACGGCGGCCAACCGCGAGAUUCGUGUCGCCCCUCGGCUCCGGAGAUGAAGCCGACCGGGAUGGCGGAGCCGGGCCGACCAGCAAGGCCGCGCCUGCCUCAGAGAUGGCCCCUCCUGCACGGCCACCCCCAGCGGCGGAGCAGAACGAAAUAAUAGCUGCUACAGCUGAACCGCCCGCAUCCGACGGAACUCCCUCACAUCAAGUGCGCCCAAGAACACGUUCGCCCGCCCGGAGACCGGUCGUAUCUCAGGAAGAGAUGCGGCCGCCUUCCCGUUCACCAGCCACCACCGGUAGGAAGAUUGUGGCUACCACGGCCGCAUCAAGGAAAAAGCCUGUGAUAGUCCGCAGGUCGAGCUCGCAGUCUUCCGCCGGAUCUGAGUCUGGCUCGCGUGUGACAGGUUCUGUCACCCCAUCUACGCGUUCCGUAUCCAGGCGACCGGUUCCGAUCCCUUCGCAACUGCUUGGGCCGGGUUCCUCGUCACCACAAACGAGAGACCCCGGGAUGAGUGCAAGGGUUGCGGGAAAGCGUCCGGUAAAAACAACAGCGAGCAACCGACCAGUCCCUCAGGACGCUGGCGCACAGGUCGGCGGUCACACCGAGGAACAUCUAGUUAUGCAGCAAGCGCAGUUGGCGCCCCAUUUACAGCAAAGAUCGACAUUUGAUGCGAGGGACAAUAUCGAUUCCCGAGAGGCAGCCCAAGACCGACAAACAGCCGUCCGACUGGCUCCACGUGAACAGGUCUUUGCACCUGUUGCAGGUUUUGUGGUAGACCAGACAUCGGGUAACGGAGCACACCCACUAGUGCGUUCCCGCUCAAGCAACAUAGCGGUCCCCCUUCGGCUCCGGGAGCCUGGUGUGGCCGUUCUCCCGUCGGAGGCCACAAGCAGCGUAGCAACGUCGACGGCAACAGCUCGGGGACAGUUCGAUUCAGAGACCGUCACGUCAGAGCCCCUCGUUCCAGAGGCCAGGGACAUACCGGAUCGAGUAUUGCCAUUUGGUUCCCGACAACCUUCCUCUUCUGUCCUCCAUCCGAGAUUCACCCCGACACCUCCCAACCCGACCCCCCCGAUCCCCUUCGGACGGUCAAGGAGCGAACUCACUUUGCUUCUGGAACGGGCGAAGCCGCGAAAGGACGAUGGCUCUUAGCUGGAAGGCGUGGGGCAGAGUAUCCUCUCCUUCUGAUGCUUAUUGUUGUUGUAAGCUCUAAUACCGACCUUACUGGAAACGGGUUGUUGCUUUUCUCAAGCAAACCAUCCUUAGCCUUGUUGAUAGCAAUCAAUUAUGGCACAAUCAUGGCUCUAGCGUAUUAGUACCCAAAUUUAUUGAUUUUUCUGGGAGUGUGUCACCCAGGUUAAAGCC